UUUUUACAAGAGACUUGUUAAGUCAAUCUUUAAUUUUUUCCACAACCGUAAGAGACAAACCAUGGGUCUACUAGAGCCAUCACUUAUCAACAUCACUCAUAUCACUUUCUCAGAAAAGAAAAAAUCAAAGAAAAAAAAACUAUGUUGCAUUCUUGUAGUCGAAGGAAGAUGACAAUAUGGAGCUUGUGUUUGAUCUUGUCCCUUUCUAAUUCAAUACUUGUUUUGGCUUCUCAUGUUAGGCACUUGUGUCGUGCAGACCAGAAGAAUGCUCUUUUGGAGUUCAAGAACGAGUUCUAUGUCCAAAAGCUCCCUUCCAAUGGGAUUGUUGGUGAUAAGAAGACAAAGAGUUGGAGGAACAACACUGAUUGCUGCUCCUGGGAUGGUGUCUCUUGUGAUCCUAAAACAGGUAAGGUAGUAGAGUUAGACCUCAUGAACAGUUUUCUCAAUGGCCCUUUAAGAUAUGAUAGUAGCUUGUUUAGACUACAGCAUCUUCACAACCUGGAUCUUGGCUCGAAUAAUUUUUCGGGUAUUCUACCAGAUUCCAUAGGCAAUCUCAAAUAUUUGAGGGUUUUGAGUCUUGGUAAUUGCAAUCUCUUUGGAAAGAUUCCUUCUUCACUCGGAAAUCUUUCUUAUCUCACUAGUCUUGAUCUUUCUGUUAAUGAUUUCACCGGUGAGCUACCGGAUUCGAUGGGCCAUUUAAACAAGCUAACAGAGUUGCAUCUUGGAUCAACCAAGCUCAGUGGGAAGUUUCCUAGUAUGCUACUCAACUUGAGCGAGCUCACCUUGAUCGACCUUGGUUCUAACCAGUUCGAAGGAAUGCUCCCAUCUAAUAUGAGUAGCCUCUCCAAAUUGGUGUAUUUUGGGAUUGAUAGAAAUUCAUUUUCCGGAUCUAUUUCGUCGUCUCUCUUCAUGCUCCCUUCAUUGACCUCUCUUGUUUUGGGAAGAAACGACUUCAGCGGUCCUCUUGACUUUGGGAAUACCUCUUCACCAUCUAACCUUGGAGUUUUGUCCCUUCUAGAAAACAAUUUCAAAGGGCCAAUCCCGGAGUCUAUAUCGAAACUAGUCGGGCUGUUUUAUCUUGACCUUUCUUUAUGGAACACAGGGAACACAGGGAGAGGCAUGGUCGAUUUCAACAUUUUCUUGCAUCUCAAGUCACUUACGUUACUUGACCUCUCUUAUAUUAAUACAAGAAGCAUGGUUGACAUAAGUAUAUUCUCACCUCUCUUGUCACUUGGUUAUUUGGAUCUUUCGGGGAUUAAUUUGAAGAUCAGUUCAACUCUGUCUUCCCUCACCCAUGGGCACCUUGAUUUUAUCAUCCUGCAAUCUUGCUGAGUUCCCCAAGUUUCUACAGAACCAAACCACUUUGUAUUAUUUAGACAUCUCAGCCAAUCAAAUUCAAGGCCAAGUACCGGAAUGGUUGUGGAGUCUACCGGAGUUGCAGUAUGUAAACAUCUCUCAAAAUUAUUUCAGUGGUUUCGAAGGAUCAACAGAUGUUAUUCAAAGAUGUGGAGAAUUAAUUAUGCUUGAUAUAAGUUCAAACACAUUCCAGGAUCCGUUUCCUUUGUUACCAAACUCUACGACGAUCUUUUUAGGCUCUGAUAAUCGGUUUUCGGGAGAGAUUCCUAGGACAAUAUGCAAAUUGGUUUCUCUUGAUACACUUGUUUUAUCCAACAACAACUUCAACGGUUCUAUUCCUCGGUGUUUUGAGAAAUUUAAUACUACUCUUUCGGUCUUGCAUCUUCGGAAUAACAACUUCUCCGGUACUUUUCCAGAAGAAUCUAUCAGUGAUCACUUGAGAUCACUUGAUGUUGGUCGCAACCAGUUAUCAGGAGAGCUUCCCAAGUCUUUGAUCAACUGCACUCGUCUCGAGUUUCUGAACGUGGAAGACAACAUAAUCAAUGACAAAUUUCCAUUCUGGUUGAGGUUGCUGCCCAAUCUACAGAUUCUUGUCCUUCGUUCUAACGAGUUCCAUGGUCCAAUAUCUUCGCUUAGAGAUUAUUUGAGCUUCCCAAAGCUGCGAAUCUUUGACAUUUCGGAAAAUCGCUUCAAUGGAGUCCUUCGAUCAGAUUACUUUGCGGGUUGGAGUGCAAUGUCAUCAGCCAUAGACAUUGUAGAUAUUAUGCCAAGUAGGUAUGCAGGACGUGACUCUGGAAACUAUUAUAACUCAGUGACUAUGACGGUGAAAGGAUUAAAGAUGGAGCUGGUUGGGAGUGUUUUCACAAUUUACAAAACCAUCGAUGUCUCCGGAAACAGAUUCGAAGGGAGUAUUCCCGAAUCCAUCGGUUUACUUAAGGAACUGAUUGUGCUCAAUAUGUCAAACAACGCUUUCACAGGUAGUAUUCCACCAUCUAUAUCAAACUUGACUGAUCUCGAAUCAUUGGAUCUAUCUAGAAACAGAUUAUCCGGAAAAAUCCCACCAGAGCUCGGGAAACUCACGUUUCUAGCACAAAUGAACUUCUCUUACAACAUGCUUGAAGGUCCAAUACCACAAGGAACUCAGAUUCAAAGCCAGAAUAGUUCUUCAUUCGCAGAGAAUCCUGGGCUCUGCGGUGUUCCUCUCCUAGAAACUUGCGAGGGAGAAGAAGAGGAAGCAACAAAGCAAGAUCAAGAUGAAGAAAAAGACCAAGUAUUGAGCUGGAUCGCAGCUGCGAUAGGCUACGUACCUGGUGUUGUGUGUGGACUCACGAUCGGCCACAUUCUCACUUCAUAUAAACGUGAGUGGUUCAUGAGAAUCUUUCACUAUUUUACUUAAUCAAAGCAACACUUCUUAGGAGGAUGAUGUCCCCUUGUCAUAAAUUUAUAAUGCGUGUG